CUGUACAGCGACCCUGUCAGGAGUUACAUUCAGGCACGUCCUGGCUGGUACUGGGCUUCAUAUGCUGUCUUCUUUGUAACCUAUAUGACCCUGGCCUGCUGCCCUGGACCAAGGAGGUAUUUUCCAUGGAACCUGAUUCUCCUGGGCAUUUUUACUCUGGCCAUGUCUUACAUGACAGGAAUGAUGUCAAGCUUCUACAAUACGAAAUCGGUUCUACUUUGCUUCACCAUUACAGCACUUGUAUGUUUGGCAGUUACAAUAUUCAGUUUUCAAACCAAGUUUGACUUUACUUCGUGCCAUGGUGUUCUGUUUGUGCUGCUGAUAGUCCUUUGCAUCAGUGGCUUGGUCCUGGCGAUUGUGUUGCCGUUUCAGUAUGUUCCCUGGCUUCAUGCUGUGUAUGCAGUGCUUGGCGCAAUCAUUUUUACAAUGUUCCUGGCCUUUGACACACAGCUGCUAAUAGGGAAUCGUCGUUACGCAAUCAGCCCUGAGGAGUACAUCUUUGGGGCACUGAAUAUCUACCUGGACAUCAUUUACAUCUUCACCUUCAUGCUGCAGAUUUUUGGCUCCAACAGAGAAUAAGUCAGUCAGAAUGAAUGGUCUCUGCUCAACAUAGACCACCAGCUGCAAGAAUAUCAGCCACAGAAGCACCUAAAGUUACAGCAAGUGGAAUCGCUGAGAGAAUCCAUUCACUCCACCUUGUUCAGUAAUUCAUUGAUAUUAGAAUUCUUUUGUGUUAACAUACUGUCAAUCUAGUAUAAGGUGGAACUGCACAAGCUUGUAGGUAGAAGCAUAACCAUAACGCAUAGACUAGUGCAUUUUGAGCUUUCUCUGUGCAUACUUCCUAGUCUUGAAUUAUGAGCUUCCUUGUAUUAGAGUCAGCUACCAGUGAUCUAAGCUUAGCUUCCUGUUCUUUUGUCAAAUUUGUAUCAAUUUUUGACAGACGUAUAUUGCUAUCUGGGAGGCCAGUAGCUCAGUUGCCUAGGCUGCCACGCAUGUGGAUUAGUUCAACAGCAACAGCAUAGGGUUUGAUUUCUUCUUUUGUGCUGAAGUAGAUUCUGGCCUGCUUUCUUGUUCUAUAGUGGAAAAUCACAGCACUUUGCUGUGGUUCAGCAAAUAAUCACUAAAGACCUGACACCAGGCAGAGAAUUGAAGAAACAACAAUAUCUAUAAAUGUCUUGCAAAGGAUUUUCAAAUCAUAUUCGCUGGCUACCCAUUUUGAGCUUUCUUUUGAGACUCAGGCUGUUUUGUAACUGGCCUCUGAGAUGUGCAUGGAAUCCAGGGGAUGUGCUCUCCACAACUUGGGUUAAGGGGAAAGUUGCUCUCACUCUUGUUUUUGCACACUUUUAAGUAUCAGUAUUCGCGGCUCACUGGGUAGCAGUCUCACUCCUGAUUCAGGAGGUCAUAGGUUCAAGACCAAGAUUUGAUUUCAAAAUCCAGGGUGAUACUCCUGGAUCAGAACUGAGGGAGUGCUGCAGUGUUGGCAGUCUUGGCCGGCUUUUUGGUUGAGACUGGAAAACAAAGGCCCAAGAGGGCAGAUGUUAAAUGUUCCCAUGGUACUGUUGCAAAGGUGAACUCUCCAUAAACACAACUUUAAUAGUGAAUUGUCAGAUCAUUUAUUCCAUUUGCUCUGUGUGGAAGCUUGCUGUGCGCAAAUUGGCUGUUGCAUUUGCCUAUGCGACUUGAAAGGUAAAGAUUUUAAGCAUUUGCAGAGGAUGUAAAAUGUACAAUAUAAAUACAAAUUCUUUCUUUCCCUCUGCUCUGUAACCUGUAAGACUCCAUUUUAAAAAGUUCAGAGUUGCAUACUCCAAACCUAGACCAAGAUUAAACAUAGAAAUUUAGCAAAGAUUAGUGGCAAAGUAGCAUAGUGUUUAUACUACUGGAUCAGUAAUCUAGACUCAGUCUAAAGGUCAUGAGAAAUAAGUUCAAAUCUCAUCAUGGCAGCUGAGGAACUUCAAUUCAGAUGAAUAAUCUUCAUCUUAAAAUCUAGUAUCAGUAAUAGUGAACACAAAACGAUUUGGAGUUGUGUAAAACCCCUUUAGUGCAUCAAUGUAUUUUAGGGAAGGAAAUCUGCCAUCCUUACCCAGUCUGGCCUAUAUUUGACUCCAGGCUCACAGCAAUGUGGUUGGCUCUUAACUGCUCCUGCCAUGGCCAAGCAAGCCACUGAGUUGUAUUCAAGAAGUUGACUCACCACCCACCUGCUAAAAGACAAUUGGGGAUGGGC